UCUUGACUUGAAUGAUCAGAACGACAGAGAGAACUUUGAUGAAUGGCAAAGCGAUGAACUGACACUCCACACCCGCUGUAUGAGUAAGACUAAGUGAUCCAGAUUGGGUCAAUUUGUACUCAGAGAUACAACAACCAGCAACUGACGAAAAAAAAACAACUCGUUGAGAAAGAUGAGAUCCAGCCUGCUGUCAGUCGCUUUUCUCUUCUUCACCACAUGGUCCAGCCUGGCCAGUGCAACCCAUGGACCGUUGACAAACUGCUGCGACCGACACUCCAACACCAAAAUCAAAUUAGACAAAAUCAUGAAUUACAUCAUCCAGUCUGGCGGUGCCUGUCCAAUCGAAGCCGUAAUCUUCCGGACGAAGUCAGGGGCAAGACUCUGCUCCAAUCCUGAAAAUAGCUGGGCUAAGAGAGCAAUGCUGAAGGUCGACAGGGAGACAAAAGAAUUGUUACAGCAGAGCCAGAGUGAAGAAGGCGGAUCAGCAACUAUCAUCACCCCAGCAGUGGCCAACACAUCCAACAGGGCCAAACCAGGGAAAGGCAGGAAUGGGAGGAAAAGACCGGGGAAAAAGUCCAAAGGAAGGAGGAGGGGUCAAAGGAAAUUUGUGUAACGCAACUGAAAGUUACCACAGACAACAAACAUUACUCUCUCUGACUGGACUUGUCUUGAUAUAUUGCAUCAACCGUCAAGACACUUCAAACAAAUAAAACAAUAGACUUUA